AACAGAUUGGCCAACCUCCACUCUACCAGAGGAAGAUCAUUUUGAGAGCACAAACGGCAGCAAGCUCAGAGCUGCAUGCUAAUAAUUUAGCGUAAGAGUGUCAAUGUGUGUACACACUGCAGUGCAGACUUCCUGACACCUCAACUAUACUGUUCUGUAUUGUGCAUUGCAGUGACCUUAAGGGCAGAUGAUGUGUGCGUGGUGUUGGUAGCGUCUGGCUUCUGUGGUGAUAGUGAAGAAAUGGAGGAAGACCAAGUGCCAAACAAGGAUUCCUCUCAAGCCACAGAUGUGAAGAAGGUGCAUCGUAAAUCUGAAAUCAAGCGAUACAGUGAGAUCUUCAGAGACUUUGAUAAUCUUGAUUUAUCUUUAAUUUCUUCUGAAGGGGAGGAUCUGCUGGCAGACAUUGACUCACAGUCCUUGUCAGAGUCCAUCUCGACAGAAAGUGCAGAUCUCACAGAGCAACAUGAUGUGUCUAUAUGUGCUGAGGUGAAUGAAGUGGAUGGAAACCAAUCAGCCCAGGAAGCAGACCUGGCCCUCUGUCGGUGUGAUAAUGGAGUGGAGACCGCAUUGCAGUACACCAAGAUGUGGUGCCGCUACGCCAAAGACCUCCUGGCCUGGAUGGAGAAGAGAAUCAGCCUGGAACAAGAAUUUGCAAAAAAUGUGAUGAAGACAGCUGAAGGAGCAAAGGUCAUUGUGGGGCAGCAGGAAAUGAUGCCACUGCAGUACAUCUACACAAUGGCACUAGAGCAAGACAUCAAGAACAGUGUGGCUUCUAGAAAAACUUCAGAAAUGAUACAAAACCGCUGUUACCAAGCCUUAGCUGCCAAGAGAAAUGAAAUCGACAAGUGGCGCAGAGAAUUUAAGGACCAGUGGGCAAGAGGACAAAGGAAGAUGAACGAAGCAGUGACAGCUUUUAAAAAGGCUCGUCACCAAUACUUCAAGUGCUGUGAUGAGCUAUUAAAGGCUACAGCUGUCUCUGCUAAAGCUGUAGACGACACAGCUGGAAUCAAAACACUGGAUAAGAGGCGGAAGUCAAAGGAUGAAGCCCAGACUAAGGUGAUGGACGCAGAGCUUUUGUACAAACAAUGUGUGAAUGACGCCAGGAUCCAGCAGGAUGAGUUAGUGAAGUGCAAAGAAAGAAUUAUUGCCCACGUUCGCAAGCUCAUCUGUCAGGGAGACACUGUGCUAAAGGAGGCCACAGUCAACAUGUUUUACUACCAGCGGCAGCAGACAGAGCCUGUUCCCCUCGGCUAUCACAACCUGGAGUUGACAUCCAGGUCCCUGGAGCCUGGCGAGCCCUACCUGCUCUACAUCCUCAGCAAGCCCCGCCCUGAACAACAUGUCCAAGUUUUUACCUUCCAGGAGUACAUUCCUCAGUGCAAAGGGAACAAACGAAAAACCAGCAACACUCUCAGCUCUCUGCAGGACUCUUCACCUAUGACAGAUGAUAGCCCUCUCAGACGAUACAGCGAUGGCAGAAGAACAGGGUACAGUGACAACGAGAGUAUUGGAGGCAGUUUAGAAUCUCUGUCCAGCCCUGCUCAUACUAAUAGGAGGCUGCCUAAAACCGCAUCCACUUUGACAGUAUCAUCGGACGACAUGGACGAACGGGAUAUAGCUUCUGAAUCAGAAUACACUGAUGGUCAGCCAGUCAAAGUGCGCAUGAUUUCACGAGCUGCACUGACACACCGACUCAGGAAGAUGAAGAGCAAGAUGGUCAAAUGCAAGCAGUGCGAAAACUACAUUGUUGUCAAUGGGGUCGAAUGUGAGGAGUGCGGGCUGGCUUUGCACAGGAAGUGUAUGGAGGUGUGUCAGCUGGAGUGUGAGCACAGGAAGGGGACUGUGUUCGGAGUGGAGCUCUCUCUGCUGUGUCGCGACAGGCCAGAGGAGGUGCCCUUUGUGGUGCUGCUCUGCACGUCUGAGAUUGAGAGUCGCGCUCUCUCGAUCCAGGGGGUGUAUCGUGUGAGUGGGUCCAAGCCCCGCAUCCAGAAGCUCUGUCAGGCCUUUGAGACGCAAAAGGAGCAGGUGGAGCUCUCUGACCUUUCACCGCAUGACAUCACCUCAAUCCUUAAACACUUCUUCAAGGAGCUCCCAGAGCCUUUACUAACCUUUGACCUGUACAGUCAUUUCAUCACGGUGGGAAAGACCCUUCAGCACCUGAGUGAAAGGGAGCCAACACCAGACACUAAUGAGACGGACAUCAUUCACAACCUGCAAACGCUACUACAGAAACUCCCUCCAUAUUGCUACAGCACCUUGCAGCACCUGAUAUCUCACCUGCAAAAAGUUUCAGAGAACUGUGAGAACAAGAUGUCCGCUAGCAAUUUGGGUAUUGUGUUUGGGCCAACACUAUUGCGCCCUCUUGUGUCUACGGACAUGCCAAUGAUUGCCCUGCUCGAGACCAGUUACCAGGCUGUACUGGUUGAGUUCCUCAUCACACACCAUGACAAGGUUUUUGGCCUUCAGCAGAGACCCAGUACGCCCACUCCCCCAGUCCCCACUGCACCUCUUCCAGACACCCCUCCCAGAGCUUCCUGUGCCCUGGACAGGGACGUUUACACCGGCUUGGAACACGAAGCCUCCUCUAGAGAGCGAUCACACUUACUAGAAAGUCGAACAAUCAAGAGAGAGUCAAGCGAGGGUUAUAUAUCUGACAAGUCUUCAUCCAAUGAGGCAGUGGACCAGCUCAGCCCUGAAGCCAAUGAGAGAGCAGUCCUGGCUAUGAGAGGGGUAUCAAGCAAUCCUCAGGGUGAGCUGGUGGGGGAACCAGACUCUCAUUUGGGGACCCAGCCCAACUAUCGCUUCACCAGACAGCCUGUGAAAUAUUACCGGCAUCAUAACUCAGGAACCCGACUCCCCAACCCAGGUCGUCCAAUCAGACAGCCGGCAGCCCCAGCAAGGGGGCUUCCAGGGAGUGCAGACAGCAGCCGCAGCUCCUCUCCAGAGCCAGGGACACAGAGACUUUCCCAAAACUUAGGCGUCCACUUUGAGAACACCCACCAGCCCCACCCGGCCCCCGUUGCCACAGAGAGUAAAAUGGACGUCCCACUGAGUCCCCGCAAGGUUGUGCAGUUCAUGCUGGGACUGGAAUCAUCUACAACUGCGACAUCAUCCAGUACAACACAGGAGUCUUCGAAGGUGGUGGCAUCUGGGUGUCCAUCUGAUCAGAACAUCAAUCUGUCCAAUAACAGACGGAGUGCUGAACAGAGUCAGGCUCUGUGUCAAUCACCAAAGACACUUCCUGUUGAGCACAACCUGACCUCACCAGCACAGAAGAUCCUGUCUGGCCUGAAGCUGAGACGCUGCCACUCAGGGAAGGACGAGCAGCUCUUUGUCUGAGGAAAGAUAGAAAUCUCCAGAAAGUUCAGUGGAAUAUAUUCACACACACUGGAGGAUGUAAAGUCAUAAUAUCUCCAUUGUGUGCAAUUACUGUCAAGAUUCAUGCAGGUUUCAUGAACAAAAUGCUCCCAUAUUUUACACACACAUAUCUAUACACAAAAAUGUAACUGUCUUCAAAAGAUUACUCAGAUGAAGGUUCAGUUACCUUAAAGUUAAACUCACAUUUGAGUCUUACUUUAAGGAAACACAGUUGAAUAGUUCAGACCUGAUGCUUACUUGGAUGCCACAGCUUUAUUAUGACUAAUCCUCUUCAAGAUGUUGAUCUGUUGACCAUCCAGCUGUCUAAUAUCCAGACCAGACUAGAGAGGUUCAGGUACUUAUCAGUUAUUAAUGCCCCGAAUGUAUUUAAAUGGAACAAGCAAGUGGUUUGAGAUGCAAACUAGCACUUAAGUAUCAACUUUCAGGUUUUGUCCUGGACAAACUAUAACAAAAAUCAGCUAAAUACAAAUGCCACCAAGUGUUGUUUUUCUAAGAUAAUUGUGUUAUCUAUUUGUUGUGCUUUUGAAAUGUUUCAUAGGCUGGAUUUUUUUUUGUGUGUGUGGUACAUAAACUAAUAUACUGUAUCUUCACUGGUGUCAUAGUGAAGUUGAUAUGUUAUCUCAUAGUUCCAUGCAUCUUUCCUGUUUUAACACAAGGGGGCGGUCUUCUCCCAGUGUGUGGGGAAAACAUGCCAGACACAAUAGCAGAAGGGCAAUAAACCAUUCAUUUCUAAUUA